AUGAUGAAAUCCACUGCCCUCUUUUUCUCUCUCUCUCUUUUACUUUAUGUACAUUCUACCUCUUUUUUAUCACGUUCUUUUCAUUUCUCUCUCUCUCUCUCUCUCUCUCUCUCUCUUUGUCAUUCUGUUUUUCCUUCUUUAUUUUUCUAUUUUCUCAACUUUAUCUCUUUCCCUUUCUACUUUUGUAUUCUUUCUUCCCUAUUCUUUAUUUCUUUGUUUCUUUCUUUUACUUUAUCGCUUUCUCAUUCUAUUUUCUAUUUCUUUCUCGUGGGCCAUUCUUUCUUUCUUUCUUUCUUUCUUUCUUUCUUUCUUUCUUUCUUUCUUUCUUUCUUUCUUUUCCUUUUAUCUUUCCCUUUCUUCACAUUUUGUAGUUAUUUAUCCUUUGGCCUUUCUCUUCAGUUCACUUUUUUCUUUUCGUUUAUUUUACAUCCCCCCUUGCUUUCUCUUCGUUUUCAAUUACUCUGUUGCUUUUUCCCUUUAUUUCUCUAUUUGCUUCUCACUCAUUUUAUUAAGAUAUUCCUUUUCAUUCAGUCUCCUCUGUCUCCAUUUUCAUUUUAUGUUCUCCUACUCUUUCAUUCUUUUUUUGUUAUUUUUUUAAAAAAUCUUCUUCCUCCCUGCCUCAUUCCUUAUCUUUCUCUGUCUUUCUCGCAAAUUCUCAUUUUGUCAAAUCGGCCAUCGGCCUCGUCUCGAGACCGCUCGCUUCGUUUGAGUGUCAACGUCGCACCCUUACUCUCCUGUUCCUCCUCCUUACUCUCCGUUUUGCAUCACUAUGGGUUGGGCUACCAAGCCCACCGCCUGGGGACCUCAACAACUUGA